AUGCCGCGUUCCUUCCUGGUGAAGAAGAUCAAAGCGGAUGGCUUCCAGUGCAGCGGGGUGCCAGCCCCCAUCUACCACCCCCUGGAGACUGCCUACGUGCUGCCCGGUGCCCGCGGGCCUCCAGGGGACAACGGUUAUGUGGCGCACUGCCUGCCCCCCAACGGCUACGAUGGCGAGCAGAAGCCUGGGCUGGAGCUGGCGCCCGCCGAGCCCGCAUACCCGGCCGCGGCGUCGGAGGAGUACAGCGACCCUGAGAGCCCGCAGUCCAGCCUGUCGGCGCGCUACUUCCGCGGGGAGGCGGCCGUGACCGACAGCUACUCCAUGGACGCCUUCUUCAUCUCCGACGGGCGCUCGCGGAGGCGCCGGGCCGGGGCUAGUGGGGACGUGGCGGGCGCGGGCGACGCAGGCGGCGGCGGCGGAGGUGGCGGCGGCGGCGGGGAGCGCGCGGGUCGCUCGGGGGCGACCGCAGGCGGCGGGCACCGGCACGCAUGCGCGGAGUGCGGCAAGACGUACGCCACGUCGUCGAACCUGAGCCGCCACAAGCAGACGCACCGCAGCCUGGACAGCCAGCUGGCGCGCAAGUGCCCGACGUGCGGCAAGGCCUACGUGUCCAUGCCCGCGCUCGCCAUGCACGUGCUCACGCACAACCUGCGCCACAAGUGCGGCGUGUGCGGCAAGGCCUUCUCCCGGCCCUGGCUGCUGCAGGGCCACAUGCGCUCGCACACCGGCGAGAAGCCCUUCGGCUGCGCGCACUGCGGCAAGGCCUUCGCCGACCGCUCCAACCUGCGCGCGCACAUGCAGACGCACUCGGCCUUCAAGCACUACCGCUGCCGCCAGUGCGACAAGAGCUUCGCUCUCAAGUCCUACCUCCACAAGCACUGCGAGGCCGCGUGCGUGAAGGCUGCCGAGCCGCCGCCCCCCGCCGGCCCGGCCAGCUGA